AUGGCAGCGCGCAACACUCUACGCCGCUCACUCUUAUACGUCCCAGGAUCCUCGCAGCGCUUUCUUGACAAGUCUCGCUCCUUGGCGGCCGAUUGCCUCACUUACGAUCUGGAGGAUAGUGUGACGCCGCAUAAGAAAGCAGAGGCGCGGUCUCUCGUGCGGAGAGCCAUUGACCAGCCCGCUCCAGAGAGGAUUCGCGAGCGCGCCGUGCGCAUCAACUCGGUCGAUAGUGGAUUGGCUCUGGCGGAUCUAACAGAAGUGCUCCAAUCGCCCAAUCUUACCACGAUUGUCAUUCCAAAGGUCAAUUCGGCCUCAGACCUGACAUUUGUUACGGAUGUCGUGAGCCACACUUUGGCACAGCGCCCUGCUUCAGAUGCCCGACCCCCGAUAUCCCUUCUUGCCCUGAUUGAAUCAGCCAAGUCUUUGACCAAUCUAUCGGAGAUCUGCGCCGCCUCGCCUCUUCUGCAGGGCCUGAUUUUCGCGGCCGAAGACUUUGCUCUGGAUCUGAGUAUCACGCGAACUCCGUCGUUGACCGAGUUUCUGUUUGCUCGGUCGGCUAUUGCGACUGCGGCGCGGGCCGCUAAUUUGCCCUCUACGAUUGAUCUGGUUUGUACGGCUUACAAGUCUGACCGGGCCAACGGGUCGCCGCCAGCGGCUCUGGAGGAGGAGUGUCGAGAUGGUCGACGACUGGGAUUCAAUGGGAAGCAGUGCAUUCAUCCGUCGCAGGUGAAGACGGUCAAUGAGAUCUUCGGCCCGGAUCCCGAGGAAACUACCUGGGCGAUGCGGGUGGUCAUCGCAGAUGACAAGGCCGCGGAGGCAGGACGGGGUGCGUGGACGUUAGAUGGAAAGAUGAUCGAUGUGCCCGUGGCUCAAAAGGCUCGGGCAAUUGUGAAAAAGGCCGAGGCCUGCGGAAUGGAUGUGCAGGCGCUGCGGGAGAAAUGGCAGCACCAAGAGCCAGAGUAG